UCAUCAACUCUCUUGAUAUUGUUUCUUUUCUUUCCAGAGAAGAGUUUUUGAUUGAUCAGGAGAAGGCCUUGAAGACUCCAGUUGCUGAGGUGGUCGUGCCCAAUAAUUCUCUGCUAAAGGAGGUUGAUCCUGCCACCAGAUGCUCUGGAGAUGAUGAAACAAGGUGUGAGGCGCCUCCUUGUCGCAAAGAGUGUGGUGUGGAAAGGCAUGAGCAAACGUUUCUCAAUUCUCUACAAUGGCAAGUGGCUCAAGAACCUCGAGGCCUCUGGAAGCAGCAGCUCUCUUCCAAGCAACCGUCCCUCCACUUCCUCAUACCCGGACAAAAAGUUCUGCUGCCUAUCAAGAGAAGAUAUGCUUCGUUUCAUUAUUGGUUGUCUUGGUGCUCUGGCACCCCUACCUCUCUCUUCGAUCUCUGCCCUCGGGGCCAUCAACCCACACUAUUACCAUAUAGAUACUUCGUCCCCAGCCCUUGAGGCUGCCCAAAAGCGCCUCCAGGAUCCCAGUGCUGUGGCUGUUGUAGAGUGCACAUCCGAAGGUCAUCACAAGAUUAUUGGGGAUAUAUCAGCCUCCAGAUUAUGGAAAUGCGACUAUGUUGCUGCUGCCUGGGCUCUAGCUAACCUUACAGCUGGACAGUUCGUGAUGGGGGUAGAAGAAGAUAAUGUUUCUUCAAGAGCUCUUCCAGAUUUCUCUUUCAAUUCUCAAAUAGGAGAUAAUGGAGGUGGGGGCACACCAGUGAGGCCAAGGAAGUUUUCCAGUAGGAGCAUUGGUUUCUUCAGCAAUCCAAGUAGCCCAUCGGCUUUAGCCGUUGGUACAGGGAGAAGCAUGUAUAGGGGAAGGAGUACACCAUUGACAUGCAAGGUCACAAGCUCACUGGCUGCAGUCUUGGCACAGAUGCUGUCUCACAGGGCAACCCAUGUAUGGGUUACUGAGGCUGAGAGUGAGGAUGUCUUGGUUGGUGUAAUAGGUUACACUGACAUCCUUGGUGCUGUAACAAAGCACCCCACAACUGUUGUUUCUGUGACAGAAGUCCCUUGAUCUUGAGACUUGUUUCCUUUGAAAACUUGGUAUGAAUAGCUAUAAAACGAUGUACAUCAAUGUAUUUCCUUAUCUGUUAAUUGUGUUUCUUUCACAUUAUGUCUGGAAACAGAGUAUUGCUUGCUCUGACUUUUGAGUGGGAGGUUCACAAGCUUCCAAAUUUUAGUUUAAAACUCAAACCUAUUUAUUUAUAA